AACAUUAAAAAAUAAUUAAUUCCAAAACAUUACGACUUGGGUACGUUGCCGCUCGGGUACGAUAUUAACCGGUGAUAUUGACGUCACUGGAAAAGAUGGCGGCGUCGUGUGUGACGGUUGAACAUUGUAAAUCUUGGGAAAAGUCUGGAAAGCAAGAGUUUAUACGCUACUGCAAUGGUGUAGGAGAUAAGACAGUGUUGGCGAGUCUUGGUAGUCAUGACUUCAGGCAAGCUGUAUAUGAUGUGUGCUUACAUGUGGUCAGGGGAAACUUGAAACAGGAACAAGCCAUUCAUGCCUUUGCUGACCUAAAGGAAAAUUAUCCUGAUUUUGUGUCUUUGGUGCUUGAUGUCCUUGGACUUUUAGAUGUAGAAUUGAACUGUGUUGAUGAAGUUAAAGGUGCCAGGGACAGAUAUUACAGUUUAGUGCAAACAUUUGCUCUUAGUUUUGAAUGUGAAGCACUAUCAAAGUCCCGGUUAGAUCAUGAUACUUUGGAGAAUGCUGGACUGGUACCCAAUAAAACAGUUUUCACACAAAAACAUGUAAAAAUAAAGACCAGACUGUACUACAAGCAACAAAAGUUUAAUCUUCUACGAGAAGAAAGUGAAGGUUAUUCAAAGCUUGUCACUGAACUCAAUCAGGAAAUCACAGAAAAACUUACACCAGAAGUUGUCUUACAAAAUAUAAAAUCUCUCAUUGGAUGUUUCAAUUUGGACCCAAACAGAGUAAUAGAUAUCCUGUUGGAAUCAUUUGAGAACCGUCCUGAAUUAGAAGAUUUUUAUGUGCCAUUAAUACAAUCAUAUGUGAAGGACAAUAUAACAUUGUGCCACUGCCUCGGCUUCAAGUUUCAGUUCUUUAAGGAUGAUGAGACACCUAUGUCUUUGUUCAAGCUGGCGGCCUUAUUGAUGAAAAAUGAACUGGUUCAGUUGGAUACAUUAUACCCACAUUUAUAUCCACCAGACAGUACUAUCUUGGAGCACAGUAAGAAGGAAAUGAAUGAUGCCAAACAGUAUGCCAGGAAGCUGAUGGUUGUUAAUCUGUCAGACAAGGCCAAUGAGGACAAGAAAAAAGAUGAGGACACUAUCAAAAUUGAUCCUCACAAGAAUAAUCAGAAGCUGGGUCUUGUAGAAGCAUUGUUGAAUAUUGGAGCAUGGGAGAAGUCCAAGUCUAUUUUAGACAGGCUGCCUGAGUUCUUUGGAACAACAUAUAAACCUGUGGCAGCAGCAUUGUGUGCCCUUAUACAUACAGUUAUGGAUCCUGUAUACAGAAAGAAUAGUGGCAUGAGUACAAAAAUAGUGGCAAAAUGGGUGAAACCAGGAAAGCUAGGAUCUGAGGUACAGCUGGCCACAACUUUCAAGGAAGUAUAUACACUGGUGUAUCCAAUGGUUACCUACCUGGGUCCAUAUGCCGCUUGUGAUCCUGUACUCCUAGCAAAACUGAUCAGGCUUGGCAAGUUUUACAUGAAUAAGAGGAAUCAUGGGGUUCUGAGUGUAGAAGAUAACAUUAUGUACUUUGGUUUAUUAAGUAUACUAGAUGAAGUUGUUAUACCCAGUUUAUCGUUUCUCACAUGUAACUGUUGUAUAUCCGAGGAAUUGUGGACACUUGUGAAGUUGUUCCCAUAUGAACUCAGGUAUCGUAUGUAUGGAAAUUGGAAGAAUGAGAUGUACAACAUACACCCAAGCUUGAUCAAGGUGAAGGCUGACUGUUUGGAGAAAGCUAAAUAUAUAAUGAAGAGAUUAUCUAAAGAGAAUGUGAAACAAUCUGGGAGACAACUCGGUAAACUGAGUCAUAGUAACCCUGGUGUACUGUUUGAAUAUGUGAUAAGACAGAUUGAGAAGUAUGAUAAUCUUAUAGGACCUGUUGUUGACUCCCUGAAGUACCUGACCAAUCUCUCAUAUGAUAUUUUAGUCUUCUGUGUAAUAGAAGCUGUGGGCAAUCCAGAGAAAGAGAAAAUGAAGAUUGAUGAAACCAGUCUGUCAACAUGGUUACAAAGUUUGGCUAAUUUUGCUGGGUCUAUAUGUAAGAAAUAUCAAGUAGAUCUAGCUGGGAUGAUGCAAUAUGUGACAAAUCAGCUUAAAGCUGGCAAAAGUAUUGAUCUGUUAUUGAUGAGGGAGAUUGUACAAAAGAUGUCCGGUAUAGAAAUCUCAGAGGAAAUCACCAUGGACCAACUUGAGGCCAUGUCUGGUGGAGAACUACUUAGACAAGAGGGAGGUUAUUUCACUCAGGUUCGAAACACAAAGAAGUCGUCCAACCGUUUGAAGGAUACAGUACUGGAGCAUGAUUUAGCUCUAGCUUUGUGCCUGUUGAUAUCUCAACACAGGGAUGCUGUUAUAUACAAAGAGGGCUCAGCUAGACAUCUGAAACAUUUUGGCAAGCUGUAUGAUCAGUGUCAGGACACAUUAGUACAGUUUGGUAGCUUCCUAUCAAUGCAGCUAAGUACAGAGGAGUUUGUAAAGAAACUACCCCCUAUUGAGAAGAUGGUUUCAGAAUUUCAUGUUCCUCCAGAUGCAGCUUUCUUCCUGUCACGUCCACUCUACAGUUACGAUGUUAAUACAAAAUUUGAUGAGUUACGCAAAGCUGAAAAAGGAGACAAAGACAAGAAAGUUUCAAGUACAACAAAGACUCAGAAGUAUAUAGAGGCGUCAGAGAUUGUGAUGGAACCAGUGGUGGAGAACAUACGGCCUUUACAGACUCCUAAAAUAUGGGAAGAUCUCAGUCCAACAUUCUAUGUAACAUUCUGGUCAUUGUCCAUGUAUGAUAUUCAUGUACCAACAUCAGCAUAUGAGAAACAAGUACAACAGCUACAGGCACAGGCUCAAAGUGCUGAGGAAAAUAAAGAUAUGAAUCAAAGUAAAAGAAAGAAGGAAAAAGAAAGAUGUAAUCAGCUGAUAGAGAAACUGAAAGAUGAGGAAAAGAAACAAACAGAGCAUGUACAACGAGUCAUGGCCAGAUUAAAGAAUCAAAAAGAGGCCUGGUUUGUCUCAAAGUCAACCAAGAAUGAGACAAUUACACAGUUUUUACAGUUGUGUGUGUUUCCACGUAGUUGUUUUACAGCCAGUGAUGCCAUAUACUGUGCAGAGUUUAUACAUAUACUUCACAGUCUUAAAACACCCAAUUUCUCCACUCUCAUCUGUUACGAUAGAAUAUUCUGUGAUAUAUCUUACACUGUGACAUCAUGUACCGAGAAUGAAGCUCAUCGUUAUGGUAGAUUUCUGUGUGCUGCCCUCGAUACAGUCAUGAGAUGGCAUGGUAACAAACAGUGCUAUGAUAAGGAGUGUGGUGCAUACCCAGGUUUUGUGACAGUGUUUAGAAAGGGGGAGAACAGUAACAGCAAAGCCGAUCAGCUUGACUUUGAGAACUACAGACAUGUGUGUCACAAGUGGCAUUUUAGAAUGACUAAAUCUAUGGUGGCGUGUAUAGAGUCAGGCAAAUAUAUACAGAUAAGGAAUGCUCUUAUAGUGUUGACCAAAAUCUUGCCCCAUUAUCCACGUAUCAUACAGUUUGGUUCACCAUUAGAGAGACGUAUAGACAGGCUGAAACAGGAGGAAAAAGAUAAGAGACCUGAUCUAUUUGCUCUAGCAAUGGGAUAUUCUGGCCAGUUGAAGAGCAGAAAAGGUACCUGGGUGAAUGACAUAGAGUUCCAUCUCAGAGAUAAAGAGAAGAAAGCAGGGGCAGCCGCCUCAGGGGCUAGUUCCACCUCUCAAGGCAGUAGUUCAGGACCCUCUGGGGACAAUUCUGGUCCGAAGGGAGAUAAUGCAUCAUCAGGCAAAGAGAAGACGAAAAUGGUUAAUGGAGAAAAAAGUGGAGUAACAAAAGAAAAAGAGCAAAAGAAAGUUAAGUCAGAGAAAGGAGAGAAAACUGUAGAAAAGUCACGAUCUGAGGAGAAGUUGAAAACUGCCAGCAGUACUGAGGCAAAGAAAUCAGCAUCUGAUAUUGACAGGAAAGAUGGGUCUGGAAAUGCAAGUUCUUCAAAAGAGAAGAAAGAAAGACUGUCAAGUGAAAAAGAAAAGAGCAGAAGCUCUGAGGAAAAGCCUGAGAAAUCUAAAGAAGAUAAAGCCGCUAGGAAACAGGAGAAAGCUGAUAAAUCUAGGGAAGAUAAAGGGCAGAGUUCAACUCCUUACAUAAAAGAAGAAAAAGUGGACAAAUCUGAGAGGAUAAAAGAAGAAAAGAAAGAGAAAGUUAAAGAAAGGAAAGAGGAUAAGAGUGGUAAAGAUGGUCAUGCUAGAACAAAAGACGGGAAAGAGGAGAUAAAGAGUAAAGAAGAGAAAAUCAAAUCAAAAUUAGAGAGAGCUAAAGAGGAGGCCAAAGAAAAACGAGACAAGGAGUCGAGGAAGGAAGAGAAACACGAGCGUAUCAAACUAAAGAGAAGUUUCAGCCCGGAGGAGUCGACGCGAGAUUCGCACCGUGAUGACAGGGACUGGGAGGCAGGAAGUGCUACAUCCAACAGCAGCAGCCAUAGAUCUCAUUUUCAUACACCUGAAGCUUCACCUAGACAUGAUGAAAGAGAUUUGAAACGUCGGAAGACUGAGCCUAGUGCGUCAAGUUCUAAGGAGGACACCAGUGUAACAUCUAAAUCACGGCAUAGAAGGAGUUUAUCCCCAGAGAAAGAAGAAAAAAGAGAAAGAAAGGAAAAAAAGAGGCUGAAGAAAGAAGCAAGAGCUGCCCUUAACGACACUGAAACAUCCCAGAACAAUAGUUUACAAGAAGAGGACCACUACAGUGACCAUGAUGUUGGGGCAUCAUCUAGCAAGAAAAGACGAAGCCUUGAGCCUUCUUCAAGUCGCUCGUCGAGUAAAUUAAAUGGAGAUUCGGAGGACAGAGGAAGGUCAAAAGAUGACAGUUAUGACAGACAUCAUGAUGGUAGUAGGGCAGGAAGUAGCAGAAAGGAUCUCAGAGAUGGUGAACAUGAACGUUCUAGAAGUAAAGAUAGAGAGAAGAAGAAAGAUAAAGACAGAUCAAAACGACCAAAGAAGUCUUGAUGAGUGUACAUGAGUUAUUACCGUUGAAUGAAGAGCUUUAAGACAUAUUUUUACAACAUACAGACAGCCAUGUUAUCAUCAAGACUUUUAUUCACCAUCAUUAUUGGUUGAUACUGUCAUCCCAGGUUGAUCAAAGCCACAUAUUUUAAUAAAUAACACAACAGAUUUUCAGGGAUCAAUUCUUAUAUAAUUUGUGUUUAGUUGAUUAUAAUUAUAGAACAUUUUGUUGAUGAAAUGCUCAGUUUCUUGCUUUGUAUUAUUGCUGACCUAAUUUUGGAAAAAAAAUAAACAGGUCUGAAACAGAAAUUGUUCUAUCCAGUAAUGUUAUUAUGAAUUAAAUGAAUUACUAAGCAUUUUUAUUGUUUAAGACUCUGAUUUUCAGUUCUUUGUUAUAUUAUGAGAAGGUGUAUUGAAAUAGGAACUCUUUUUUUUUUAAUCUAAGACUAAAGUUUGUGCUAUACAUGUACAUAUUUUAAGAGAGUUACUCUAGUAUUUUAUGACUCUACUGGGUCCUUACAAACAUGCUUUCAAAAUUCGAAUACAAUAAAAAUAUAUAAUUUG